GUUGGAUCCUCGAUUUAAUUUUUGCUGGUGGGGUUUUCUGACCCUGCUUGCGACCAUUACCUUCGCAAAAAAAAUACGUCCAGUUUUCCGGAGCACGAGGUCAUAUAUCCUUCCAAACAAGCAUAUUCGUCAGGACCCCAAAGCAACAUUCACAUUCCCAACGUGCUACCUAGAAGCAGUAUCCCUGCCCCACCCGGCUGCCGAGGUUUCGCUACGCAAGUGUAGUUGCGCCCCCCUAGACGUUUCCCGUUGACUUUCUUUUGCUGACAAAACGACCUGGUGUAUAUUCUGACAUAACAGACAGAACUACUCGAAGGAAGCCCUUACCCCUCCUUGAAACGGCGACCAAGCAACAUCCUAAACUUACGUGAAAGAUGAACACGGCUUCAUCGCAUUUCAUAAGUAGAGAAAAGUCAUAGUCAAGUUUGUGAAAAUGCCGAAACACGACGUGGGUUCCGCGAAAUGGCUGGGGAACAAGAUGAAGGCGGCGGGGCUGAUGAAGCUGCGGUGGUACUGCCAGAUGUGCGAGAAGCAGUGCAAGGACGAGAAUGGAUUCAAGUGCCACCAGACCUCAGAGAUCCACAUGCGGAACAUGGAGCUGUUCUGCGAGAACCCGACUGAUUUCAUCGACAAGUUUUCGGACGACUUCGAGAAGGGCUUUAUGGACUUGCUCUCUACCCGGUACUGCUAUCACAGGCAAAUAUGUGUGGGUCUGGAAGAGAUUCUGAGAUUUGUCAUGCAGCUUUUCCAAGCUCCGCCAAGUCUGGAAUGCAGGGCCUAGCAUCUUCAUAGGAUCUGCAGCCCCUUUAUGAUGCCUGUUCUGCAUGAGAAAAGCCCUCUCAGCAUGACCACGAGUGAGCACCUUUUGCAAUUCACGCAACACGGAUUUUUGUGUGAUCCGAAACAGGCAUCACAAGUUCGUCCAGACCCAGACAUAUUUGCAAUGCAUAACUGCAAGGUGCGGAUGAUCAAGGCCAACACGGUGUACCAAGACUACAUUCGGGACCGGAACCACUAUCGCAAGAAAAAAACGUUGUUAGUGUAAGUUUGUGAUGCGCAGCAUGCAAAUUGAUUGAGCCUGUCAUGCUGUGCCUGCAUUGUAGGGUCCAGUCAAUGGCGUUUUCCCUUACUAUCUGCGCAUGACAGGUUUUUGCUGUCAUGCGAGAGAUCUUUGUCAUGCUAAUCCUCCAACAAAGUUACACCUACAAUGUUUUUUUCUUGGAUAACCACCUCCACAUGAACAGUACGAUCUGGGCGACGCUGAGCAACUUUGUGGAGUACUUGAUAUGGAAUGUGAAAAUGUCUGGGUCUGGAAGGUUGGAACUUGUAAUGCUAGCUUUCCAUACCUAGAAAAUCUGUAAUGCAGCCUCUUUUGUCAUGCAAAAACGCAGUUUCUCAUGCGGAUUGCCUAUGAGAAAGCGUUUUCAAAACGCUUUCUCAUAGGCCGUUUUGGGAAGUUGUCAUGCCGGACUGCAUUCGGAAGUGUUUUCAUCAUGCACAUUUUGGCAUCACAAGUUUCCAGACCCAGACAUUUUUGCACUUCAUACCUGAUCCGGACCAACAAAGUGGAAGCGGAGCGUGACAAAGAGGGGCGGUGGUGCAUCACCUGGAUCGACCCGGAGGAAGUGAAAAGAAAGGCGGAAUACGAGGCGCAGGAGAAGGUAAAACUCACCGAAGCGGAGAAGGAAGCCAAGCACCUGGCGAAAUUGGUUAGCAUGAGGUAGAAGCUAGAGAGAAAUUUGUACUUUGCUUGCUUCCGUGAUGUAAGUAGAGCAUGUUCUGUCUUCUUCUGGAUCUGGUGAAAAAGGUCUGCGCUUGCGAAACCCUGUGUGGGUCUUCGCGAACAGAAAUUGAUGUGCCAGAGUUCAGUUUUCCUUUUAGGUAGAGAAGCAUACCUACUACAUGUAGAUGUACCUUUGAGUUACGUCUGCAACCAUUGCUCGCUAAGAAGAAAAAAAAAAUCUUAAUCUUUACCACUUGUAUGAAUCUUCUUUCCACACGAAUCACUCACAGGCCCAUGGAGAACGACGAAUCAGAGAAGUUUACGAAGCGGGACGAGACGAAGGGCAAGGUGCAGAUAUCGCUGGGCAACCUGAAGCUGAACGCGGCGCAGCAGCUCGGCUCGCUGAAGCGCACGAAUCUGGAUGUGAGCGUGCUGGAAAACGCCAUGGCCGACCACGUAGACAAGGUACUUGGCAUAACACACCCGCAGAAAAAGCAGCGCUUUCUCCCCACGACAGCUUCGACGGGUUCUGCAGGAGAGCCACAGGAGGUGGGAGCGCAACAACUACAGGCAUUAACACAACAUCAUGCACUUUCCGGAACCACCGCGCUUUCAUCCUCAUCAUCUUCCGCAAUGAAGGGGGAAGACGGCCAUGAGAACCGAUUCAAUGAUGAAGGCGAUGGUGAAAAAAUAGACCACGACGGCAAUUUUGUUGUGCCAGAUACUUAUUCUGCUACAAAUACAUUCUGGAUUUCUCCCGGGCUGAUAGUCAAGAUUCUGGAUGACCAGCUGAAAAACGGGAAGUACUACAAGAAAAAGGGCACCAUAAUCCGCCUCGAGGACCCGGAAACGGCGGACGUGAAGAUGCACGAGGCGGAAAAGAAAAUCCGGAUUCCGCAGAAAAUGCUCGAAACCGUGAUACCGAAACCCGGCCGGAAGAUCCGAAUCGUCGCGCCCGGGAGCAAGCACCAAGGAAAGGCCGCAGUACUGGAAAAAAUCGACGAAAAAAACUUCUGUUGUGCGGUAAAGCUUGUGGUAAGUAGUGCGGACAACGGUAGCAUCAAGACGGGGCAGCAACAACAAAUCUGGCUCGACUACGAGGACAUCUGCAAAAUUGACGAAGACUUCGCGCCGUCAUAGCACCGGAUGUCUGCGGUUGUUGUGCACUUCUAUGGCAACUGCGGGGCUUUUAGAUUAGUACUUAAGUUGUAUCUGUGCGCCGGAGAUCGCGUCGCGCGGCAAAAUAAGCGGAGUACAGAAUCCAUCUCCACGAACGUGAAAGAGCAACGGUCUUCCCUUUCGUCAGCGACAACAAAAAGCAGAGUAGAAAAAUUAUGGAAAGACCAGC